AUGACUUUGAAUAAUAUAAAGAGAGAAGAUUUAUCUGUCAAUGGUAGAAAUCAAUCAUUAUCAGGUAUGUUAAAUCAAUCCAUGCCUCUAGCUGCUAUCUUCUUAAGAAAUAAGUUUUUGGCCUGGUUUGCAGUUGUUCAAGGUAUGCAUUAUCUAUUAAAUACAGAUCGGGAACAAGCUGCUCGUGAUGCUGCUGCUAAGGAUCCAACUGGUUUGGAUCAAUCUCCUUUCACUAGACUUUUGAUCGCUAUGGGGGCUAUCUUGGUAUGCUAUAUCGAUUUCGUAUUACCUCAAAAAUAA